UUCUUCCGUCGACCGUCAUCCCUUUAUGUGAAAUGCAGACUGGAGAACAGGCAGCAGCAAUUCCUGCCAGAGCUGAGGCCACGAUACCAGUCCCCCCAGGCACGUAUGAAGACUUCAGAGCCUUUGAAGAAAGCCAGGAGGCUGUCUCCAGAACUGAGCUGUGGGACCGUGGUGGAAAAGAGGACAUUGGAGUGGGUAAAGCGUUGGCAGAUGAAGCAGGUCAUGAUGUGUGCACGGAAGAAUUUGCCGCAUCAACAGUUUCCGAAUUCUCUCAAAGUGUUCCAAGAGCUGGAAUGUUCUAUCGUGAGAAACGUGCUGCUCAAUUUGAUAAGUGGCACCCAGGUGUUGAUGAUGUGGGGUACGAGCCAGUUGGCAACUCCCAUAUUCAAGACAAGGCAUCUCAUUUAUACAGCAGAGGUAAAUAUAAAGAAGAGACUGCUGGGCAUGAAAAGGAUGAAGACCGUGACAUUGAUGAAACUAUUCCGCAGGAUUCACCUUCCUCAUUAGGACAGCAAGACUCUCCACUGCUUGAAGUAGCUGAGGAAGCUGUGAAGGAGCAUAGCUUUCCAGCAGAAGGCCAACCCAGAGAUAACCUGGCAGAAAUAUCUAGAGAGACUCCUGUUACUGAAAGGGAAGGUCAUAAAGCAGAACGGACCCUAGAUGAGAAACGGCAGUGGUUUUCAGGGAAAGGAUAUGAUGAUGUCACCAAGAUGGAACCCUCUGAAAGUAUGCACCAAGUGCAAGUUGAAGCUAAUAUAAUUAGGGAGGGAGAAAUCUCAGGUUCUCCACUAGACGCGACCAAGUUUCCCGAUAGGUUAAAUAAGGAUGUUGCAGAUAGAAGUGUUUCCUUGCAACAGGAGAUGGGGGGAAUGGUGCAGGCCAUGGAAAAACAAGAGGCACCCAAAAAGAAACCUGCAACUCGCGUGUCAGAGAAACAAGUCAGUCGGGUUCCUCAUUUAAAAGCUCAUAUUGACAGUAAAGACAAAGAUGGGAUUGAUACUGAAGAGAAAAAGCCUAAGACAUCCACACCUUCCUCUGCCAAACCCCUGACAGAUAGAUUCUCCUUUACCCCCCAACGACCCUCCUCUGUUAGUACGACCCCUUUGAAAAACCCCUCCAGUCCUGCUGAGUCCUCAGUACCAGCUUCCACUCCUAAACGAGUCUCUUCUAUCACAUCCCGACCUGCCAGUACAGGAGUGAAAGAAACAAAGCCAAAGGGUCCGGAGAUGAAAAGCGGAAUGAAGAUGGCUGCUCCCAGGUCUGCAACGCAGACUCAGAAAAGCCCAGCCAACGCUACCCGGAUCCCGGCAAAAACACCCACGGCCCCCAAGACGCCUCCCAGUGCUGCUGGCAGGAAGGAGCAGAGAAAGCCGCCUACCACAGCAGCAAAAUCUGAGAAAGGUGAACCGGUGAAGUCUGGAGACAGAAGUGGUUACAGCAGCCCUGGCUCACCCGGCACUCCCGGCAGCCGUUCCCGCACGCCCUCCCUGCCAACUCCCCCGAACAGGGAGCCCAAGAAGGUGGCAGUGGUUCGCACGCCACCGAAAUCCCCUGCUUCUGCCAAGAGCCGCCUGCAGACGUCUACCGCCCCCAUGCCUGAUCUGAAAAACGUCAGGUCCAAGAUUGGUUCCACUGAAAACCUGAAGCACCAGCCAGGAGGUGGAAAGGUGCAGAUAAUGAAUAAGAAGCUGGAUCUUAGCAACGUUCAAUCCAAGUGUGGCUCAAAGGAUAAUAUCAAACACAGUCCAGGAGGAGGCAGUGUGCAAAUUGUUUACAAGCCUGUAGACCUGAGCCACGUGACAUCCAAAUGUGGUUCCUUGGGCAACAUUCAUCAUAAACCAGGUGGUGGCCAGGUGGAGGUGAAAUCGGAGAAACUGGACUUCAAAGAGAAGGUGCAGUCGAAAAUUGGGUCAUUAGAUAACAUCACCCAUGUCCCUGGAGGAGGGAAUAAAAAGAUCGAGUCUCACAAGCUGACCUUCCGCGAGAAUGCCAAAGCCAAGACUGACCACGGAGCCGAAAUCGUCUACAAGUCCCCCACCAUCUCCGGAGAUGCCUCCCCCCGUCGCCUUAGCAAUGUCUCCUCCACCGGCAGUAUCAACAUGGUGGACUCCCCCCAGCUGGCCACGCUAGCUGACGAAGUGUCUGCUUCCCUGGCCAAGCAGGGCUUGUGAUCGCCUGGCGGUGGGCGGAGAGAAGAGAAGAAAAGAAAAAUCAAUCUGGCCUUCUUCCUCUGUUCCUUUUACAACUACUCCUCCCUCCCUCUGCCCCCCAAAUGGGUAACGAUUUAACCUACUUUUACUGUCCAUUCAGCUCUGGCUCCAGGACUUCAGAAUCAGUAACAGCAUUAGAUACAAACCCUCAUCUUCCAGUGAUCACCCCCACCCCCUCAAGGGAGUUUGGUUUCUGGAGAGGUUGGUGCCGCUUAAAUUUAACGUCAAGCAAGGUACAAGCCUGUUCCCCUAGGGCCAUCUCAGUCAGACUAAUUUCCAGCCUGCCAAAGAUACAGUGAGACCGGCACCUCCCCACCUCUAGCAACAUCCCUGGUUGUUUCCAGCACUCACCCACCCAGCCCCUGCUUAAAACAUGUUGAAUUGUCCCAGCAAUUUCCUGGGAGCAGACCGCCCCCUGCUGGGGAGUCUGGGGCACUGCACUCACCAUGGAAAUCUCAUGUAUGCAGUGUUGUAGCUGUGUCAUUCCCAGGAUAUGACACAAUAGGAUGGGUGAGGUAAUAGUGUUUAUUGGACCAGCUUUGGUUGGUGAGAGAGACAAGCUUUCAAGCCACACAGAGCUCUUCCCUCCGGUCUGGGAAAGUACUUGGUGUCACAGCUGAGUAACUGCGAGCACCUUUCCUGGACCCGAGGAGGAGCUCGAUGUAGCUGGAAAAUGUGUCUCUCCCACCACCAGAAGCUGGUUCAAUAAAAGCUAUUACCUCGCCCGCUUGUGUGUCUGAUGAAAAUCUCAGACUAGUUAAUACUAUGUAGAAACCCAGAGACAGUAUGGGAGGCCACCCACCUUCCCCAGGGACUUCUUGGGGAGGGAUGUGACAGCAACAGCCCUUUUCUCCCCUGGAAUUUGGCCCCGAAGCUAUUUGGAUUCCAGGUCACAGGCUGGGAGCCAGGAUCUAACUGUCUGUCCUCUAAUUAAAAGGCACCAGUGUUAUUCCUUAUACCCAGCAAAACUGACUUUCAAGUCCUGGGAGCCCACAGCUUCCCUACACUCGGAGCGAGUGGCAUGUCCCAAAGGGGGGAGUACUAGUAGCCACGGCAAACUUGCUGUUCUCAGAGCUGGUUCCUUUGUCUAGGCAAGGAUCUCGCCUGCUCUCUGGUUUGACUAAUGCAGUUUUAAGGCUCCUUCUUUUAACUUGUAUUAAUGACAACAGCUGGCGACUUUUUUCUCCCAGGCUGUUCCUCUUACAAAAGGAUUUCAGCCUUCAACCCAGGCUUCUAGGGGCAAGGCCUGCUCCCACCACUGCUCUUCUCCUGGGCUGAGGCCUCUUACCCUACUUAAUUUGAUGGCCUUGGGCAUGUAUCCAGUUCACUGCCUCUUCCUCCUAUCCCACUCCCAUGCCUGCCAGCGUGUGUCCUGUGCACUGUGUGUUCUGGAGUGCAGGCAACCCUGGGGCGCAGUCCCUCUGCAAGGCAACUACAUGCUGUAAACGCUGGGUGAGUGGGUUGGGCGACCUGUUGUAAGAAACAGCAGAGUGCUGGGGCCAUUCUGACCCAUCUGGAUUCCUAAGAAAUAGUGUGAAGAUGGAGCGAUGGCUGGUAUUUGUUUCCCUCCCUCAGUACCUGUAGCCUUUCUGUUCCUGCCAUGGCAUGAGGCUAAGGUCAUGCUUAUCUGUGUCUGUCUGACUGGUUGAUGUGGACUUGAAUUCUCUGAGGCUGGCCACACAGAUUUCUCAACUUCUGUGUCUGUUUCUGAGAUGGUGCCUUAGCCAUUGCAAAGUGAAAGUUCUCUUGCCCUGAUGUGAGCUGAAUGAAUAGAGGACUUCUGUGUUCUGUGCUGUCAUCCAGUCGAAAAGGGAGACGCUUGAGUUAGACACAUCUAGGACAGCUAAGAGCUGCGGGAUUUGAGUUCUCCAUCUUGUUAGCAUAACAAUGCCUAGACUGAAGGCACGUUUCUUUGGUCAGAGCAAUGGAUAGAGGGUGGCAGAGCCACGGGCAGGUGGAAAUAGUAUCACUAUUUCACCUAGCGAUUUUGGAAGAAAAUCUUUACGUCCAGGAGAUAAGAUGUGUAGAAAUUGGGCUUCCCUCUUCUCAAACCCAACUGCCUGCCCAUAAAUCCCUCCCACCCUCCCAUAUACUCCCAGGUGGCCCCUGCAUCCUUUAAGCUCCAAAAACUGGCUCCAGGCGGUGGUAAUGAUGACACUAGGGCCUAUCAAUUGAUUUAGCAAAGGGAUGCUCUUGAAGUGUGUCCCGGCUGGCCUGGUUUUGUCGGAGUGGUGCAUUUCAUGCUGGAGCUGUUGAGUAGAUGAGUCUAGGAUUUUUUCUUUGGCAUCCCCUUGUGUUGUAUAGUGGGAUUUGUCUGUAUAUGCUUGGAAAUCACCAGGGUGAUGAUUGUUCUAUAAGCAUGUGUUGUAUAAUUCAGUAGGUAGGUUUUGAACUGCCUCCCUGUGCUCAGUCCUGAGCUAGAAUUCAGCCAAAGCGACUCUCGCUGUUGUCUGUUUAAUCAGAAAAGGGUGAGAGCACAUCUAGCUAUAUAUAGCCAGAGACAAAUGCAGUAGAACUGAACUGGGUCAGCACUGACCUGGUAGCAGCUCAGGAUGGGAAAUGUGUUUCCAGAAGCUGGAGGGUUCUAGUCCCAUGAGCUGUGUAUGUUUUCUGGGAAUUCAAACAAGAGAGACGACUCUGGAAGUUCAUCAUGGAAGGUGAUUGCACUGCUUAGCUGGUGGAAUUGUCCUGCGAGAUAAUUGGAGGUCGUCACUGAGCCCAGCCCUCGUCCUGUGCAGGACUGGGCCCUACAACGUGUCCUCUGAGGCUUUUUCCAAUCUUCCUUAGAUGCCCCAGGGGGUGAGUCUGCCCUGGCUUCCUAUAGGUUAUUCCAUAGCCACUGUCAGGAAAACCUUUCCCGAAGCCAAGUGCUGGUGUUGGCACCUGAGGGGCUCGGUAGUGGCGAUAGGAGUUCUGCAGGCCUGGUGAUGACUGUUCUCUGGAUCACAUUUGAACCCAUGAGUGCUAUAGAUCCCGGCAGCAUUUUAAUGGACGUUAAACUUUAAAAAGGAGGCAGAGCGGAUCCCCUCUUGUACCACCCACUGAACGCCUCCCGGUGAUCUCCAGCAGGCUGCUUGGGCUAGAGGUCAGGGGAUUUUCGAAUCAUAGAAGCGUUUGCAGUCCCUGGCACCCCUGUACUGCCCCCUUUGCAGAAAGGGAAAGGGAGGCAGGCUGGGAGGAGCGAUUUGCCUAAAGUGUCACUGAGUCAUUGAGCUGGGAUUAGAAGUGGGGGAGCAACCAGUAAAGCCUUUGAUUUCACAGGAGUGACAUUUCCUCUGUUACCCAGCAACCCACUGGUGGGAGAACCAGAGGGCAGCUCUGUUCCUUGUUCUGCAACUCCAGCUGCUAGUUCCCACCCUAUGCAAUGGCUGCCUUGAGGCUGGGAACAAGGCUCACUUCUGUGCCAUUAACAAAUGGUCUUUGAUCACAGGGCCCGUGGUCACAAGGCUGACUCCCCAGUAAGGUGACCAGAGAGCAAAUGUGAAAAAUCAGGAUGGGGGUGGGGGUAAUAGCUUAUAUAAGAGAGGCCCAAAAAUCACGACUGUCCCUAUAAAAUCAGGACAUCUGGUCACCCUGCUCCCCAGGGAUAUAAGGCAGAAGCAGCUUUAACGUCUGGAAGUGGUGUGUUAGUCAUCUCCUGUGGCUACACUGUGAACAACCUGUGCAGAAGACAGGCCCAGCUUCUCGGGCGUCUGUGCUAGCUUAGCAGACCACUCCUGUCCAGUGGUGUGAGUGCAGCUCUUUGGGAUGUCAGAGGCCAGGGCAUAAGACACUCAUUGCUGGACAUGGGAGGGGGUCUGUGAUACCAUGUCCAUGCACCUGGCUUGGAGGCUGUGCAUCAGAGGGUCACAGUCACAGCCUUGCAGGAUGGGGCUGCCUGAAUUCUAGCUUGGGAUUAAAUAGAGUACCAGGGACCAGAGCUGCCUCAUUGAUACCAGGGUGACUUCUUGGGGCUUUCAAGUGUCAAUUAUGGAAGAGUAGGGGAGCUGCUACUGGCCCUGCUGCCACCUUUGCAUGCUCUCGUCUUCUCCAGUGGCCACAGUGCCUGGCCAAGAAGCUCUGUCCUUCAAACGAAAACUGCCCUUCACAAUAAAAAGAGCUGAGCGCUGCUGGGCAGGGCUGGUGGAGCCCUGAAGUCAAACAUUAGAUGCUUUGGGUUUGCACCAUUCUAACCCUUUGUUUUAGCCACUUGUUUACACAACCCUGAGUGCAGAUUAAGGUUAAAACAAGAAAAUAUCCUCCUCUUGCUGCUUUUGUUGCUAGGGCAACCUAUUCAGAACAAGCAUGAGGUCAUGGGCCUUGGCUGCUGCUUGCCAGCCCUUCCCCUGCUCUGCAUGCAGUUCCUCCUAGCAACCUGCUGCACCAAAGAGGCUUAGCUCUUCUGGUCUGAGAUGUGCUCCUAUUCCUUCCCCAAUUGCCUGGCUCAAGGGCAGGGCUACAUGUGGUUUAGGUGAAGCUAAUUCUGAGGAUGAGAUGUCAUUAAAAAGUCAGUAUUAGGGCAAUAGAACAGGCUGAGGCUGCUGCUCUAGUGGAAGUGGGGAUUCACUGGCCCAGUUCCCCCAGUGACAGAGCCUUAGUGAACCCAGCAAGGGGCCUGUGUAGGGCCACUGCCAUGCUCGGUGGCAGGAUUUCAAACAGCUCAGCCCUGUUCGUGUGCCUGCUAUUUUACUGGGGAGACCUGCAUCAAACAGCCCUUUGCCAAGGUGAAUUAGCCCAGGGUGAACUGCAAGGUGCCAGCAACUGCCCCUUCUGUCUGUGCUACUGCGCUGUUUUAGAGGCACAGGGCUAUUGCAUCCUAGAUCGUAUUCCAGUAGCAGUGCUUGUUGCAACCUUACCUCCUGUAUGAGGAGCAGCGACUGCCCUGAGUUAGCAUCUAAGAAAUAUCCUCUACCAAGCACUGAAUUAAAACAGGGGCCAUACUGCUCCCUACCAGCAUCAAGCCAGUCCGAGGUAACAGCAGGAUUUGGCCCAGUAUGAACAGAGCAGCCUGCUGCUCUUGUACCAAAACAACUGAGCCAGCAGGAGUCUUGGUUCUGGUGUAUGGUCUGACUCCCCCAGAGAUGAGCUAAUCUGAAGGCAGCUCAGUGGCAGGUACCAGUGUGGGUAAACUGCAUUCGAGCUGGCUGCUGGGCAGAGGAGGUCACAACACUGGUUUCCUUAUAAUUACUUUCAAACUGAGCUGAAGUUGAGUUGUAGAUUUUUAAGCUGUGAGUCAGUUCAGCUGGUUUGGUGGGUGGCACAAAUUUGAGCCUGGAGUUUCUAGCCCAUGAGCAAUGGUCUGAUGUCUCUAGGGUGCAGCACAGCCAGGUGUGGUGGUCAUUCUGAUCAGUCCUUCAGGAACCAAGCAAAGGUUGACUGUAGCAUUGGCUUAGCUUUGAACUUUGAAAGGCAGAUGCUAGCUGGGGAGUUGAGGGCAAGCAAGUCAGCCUAGUGGCCAGCACCUAUUUCCACAGGAGUCUCCAUGUUCACUCAGAGGAGACAUGCAGCAUGGGAUGCUUUAUUGCCUAAUGCCAGCUGGCUGCUUGCUGAGGAUGGCAAGGGUCCCUGCCAAUAGUUCCACUUAACUGGACUCUUAUGAUUGUAAGAACCUGUAAAGUCUGUGAUUAUCUUUGUAUCAUUGUGGGAUGACAGGACAGAAAUAUCCUAGGGUUCCUAUGUAAAUGAGCAACUGGGAGAACCAUUUUAACCCUUUUCAGCUUCUGCUGAAGACUGGGUACCUGCCAUGCUGUGAAUCUGCUUAGCCAACUUUGACUGAGAUCAGUGUGGCCAAAGUUAUGUCUUGCUGCAGGCCCCUGGCCUAGGCAGAGACGCUUGGAGUUGAUGACUUUUGGCACAGGCAGCAGCCAGUUACUUUAGAAUGUAAAAAGCUGGAGUUUAGAAAUGGGGGGGGGGGUUAGUUUUAUUAACCCUUAGAACCCUGGCCUGAACAUCAUUUGUGGGGAGCUUACAGAAAUCUGCCAUCAACCCCCUUCCCCGAUGUUUCAACUUGCUACUGUCAAGAGUCCUACAGUCAUUGCUGUCUCUGGAGCUUCUCCCUGCCCUUUCCAGCCCCCUACUCUGCUGUCAGCUCUCUUUACCCUCCGGCUGGGUCCCAGCCUUCCUGUGCAGUUCUGACACCUCUUCCUGCAAAGUAGCUAGUCCCAGUUCCCACCUUAACUCUCCAGUCUCCGAGAGCCAAGCCUGACCUCCCAACCCAUAGAACAUGGUCAUUUUAUAGAUGUCACCUACCUGAGCCUUAAGCCAGGGCCUGAGAUUUACUGCAAAGGGAUAGUACAUUGAUGUACUUAUUGUUCCUUUGGUCUGAAAAGGGUUAAAACUGGCACUAGAGAACCAUAUUUCUGAACUCCAAAAAAUGCUUACCAUAAUUGUCCUUUUGCCACUUCAAAUUCCCGUAUUUGCAAUCCUGUGAUUCCCUUUUUAAUUUUGGGGGAGGGGGGUAGGAGGGCUUAAUCUCUGUAUGAUCAUCCUAGCUUAGCUUCCUGUUUGUGACUGUCCAUAGUGUAGUGUGUGUUUUAACAACUGGUUUACACUGAUUGUUGCUGUACAAGUGAAUUUGGAAAUAAAAUCAUUACUACAAUAAAA